CAGAGAGCCCGGAAGUUCUACCCGGACCUCGGAGCCAUGGACCGCGCGCUCCGGCUCUUCGCGCGUUCGCGUUUUCUCUCGCGGGUUCCAGCCGCCGUCCCCGGCCCUGGCCCGGGUCCCCGUGGUGCGGCAGUCUUCCCGCUCUGGACUUCGAACGCCGCUCGAAUGGCAAGCCAAAAUUCUUUUCGGAUAGAAUAUGAUACCUUUGGUGAGCUCAAGGUCCCAAAUGAUAAGUAUUAUGGCGCCCAGACUGUGAGAUCUACAAUGAACUUUAAGAUUGGAGGUGUGACAGAACGCAUGCCAAUCCCAGUUAUUAAAGCUUUUGGCAUCUUGAAGCGAGCAGCUGCUGAAGUAAACCAGGAUUAUGGUCUUGAUCCAAAGAUUGCUAAUGCAAUAAUGAAGGCAGCAGAUGAGGUAGCUGAAGGUAAAUUAAACGAUCAUUUUCCUCUUGUGGUGUGGCAGACUGGAUCAGGAACCCAGACAAAUAUGAAUGUAAACGAAGUCAUUAGCAACAGAGCGAUUGAAAUGCUAGGAGGUGAACUUGGCAGCAAGAAACCUGUGCAUCCCAACGAUCAUGUUAAUAAAAGCCAGAGCUCCAAUGAUACUUUUCCCACAGCAAUGCACAUUGCAGCUGCCAUAGAAGUUCACGAAGUACUGCUGCCAGGACUGCAGAAGCUACGUGAUGCUCUCGAUGCAAAAUCCAAAGAGUUUGCCCAGAUCAUCAAAAUUGGGCGUACUCAUACACAGGACGCUGUUCCACUUACUCUUGGGCAGGAAUUUAGUGGUUAUGUUCAGCAAAUGAAAUAUGCAAUAACAAGAAUAAAAGCUGCCAUGCCGAGAAUCUACGAGCUCGCAGCUGGGGGCACUGCUGUCGGUACGGGUUUAAAUACAAGAAUUGGCUUUGCGGAAAAGGUUGCUGCCAAAGUGUCUGCACUCACAGGCUUGCCUUUUGUCACAGCUCCAAAUAAAUUUGAAGCUCUGGCUGCUCAUGAUGCUUUGGUUGAGCUCAGUGGAGCCAUGAACACUACUGCCUGUAGUCUGAUGAAGAUCGCAAAUGACAUUCGUUUUCUGGGUUCUGGUCCUCGCUCAGGUCUGGGAGAACUGAUUUUGCCUGAAAAUGAACCAGGAAGCAGUAUCAUGCCAGGCAAGGUGAACCCCACCCAGUGUGAAGCAAUGACCAUGGUUGCAGCCCAAGUCAUGGGGAAUCACGUCGCUGUUACUGUUGGAGGCAGCAAUGGACAUUUUGAGUUGAAUGUUUUCAAGCCAAUGAUGAUUAAAAAUGUGUUACACUCGGCCAGGCUACUGGGGGAUGCGUCGGUUUCCUUCACAGAAAACUGCGUGGUGGGAAUCCAGGCCAACACAGAAAGGAUCGACAAGCUAAUGAAUGAGUCUCUAAUGUUGGUGACAGCUCUUAAUCCUCAUAUAGGGUAUGACAAAGCAGCCAAGAUUGCUAAGACCGCACACAAAAAUGGAUCAACCUUAAAGGCAACUGCCAUUGAACUUGGCUAUCUCACAGCAGAGCAAUUUGAUGAGUGGGUAAAACCUAAGGACAUGUUGGGUCCAAAGUGAUUGAAAUAAAUUUAUAAUAAACAGGAUUAUGGAGUAUAAAAUAAAGUGAAACAGACUCCUUACAUUUCUUAAACAAAAAUGUAUAAGUGUGAAGAAAGCUGCUGUGGAACUUGAGCAUCUCUAGCAGGGCAGUUUGGUCAGUGUGUAAAACCCCAGGACCUGCUAGGUCCAGAGUGAGUUUAAAAAGUGUAAAAUAAAAUAAUUAAAUUGUAUAAAAUCAAAAGAAA